AUUUGCCGUCGUUAGAUGUUGACCUACGUCCAACACCACUUUAAAUUGACCAGUGUGCCUCGUGCGACCAUAAAUACUAAGUUUGCAAAAAGGUUUUUUAAGAUGUCGUUUGGAUCGCUUUUGAAAAAUUUCGAUUCCUUAACCAAAAGUCGUUAUGACCAGAUUGAUAAUUAUCCAUUUAUGUCUUCCCAUAUACCAAUCCUCACAUUACUGUCGGUAUACAUUUUAUUUGUAUUAAAGAUUGGACCAGCUUUAAUGAAAAACAGAAAGCCGUUUGAGCUGAGGAAAACACUGAUCGUUUACAAUGUUUUCCAAGUUGUUUUAUCGACAUAUAUGUUUUACAGAGCCAUUAAAUUCUUAUCCAAAACCGGGCCUAUAUACACAAGAUGUUAUAUUGAAGAUGCUGAAUAUCAAGAAGAAAUUUUCUACAACAUAUUUUUAUACUGCUCGGCAAAAGCAUCCGAGUUGCUAGACACAAUAUUCUUUGUGCUUAGAAAAAAGUAUAACCAGACAUCGUUUUUGCACAUUUACCACCAUUCAAUGAUGAUGACUACGACAUGGUUCAUCCUGAAAUACUCUCCAACGGAUAUUGUCACAGUUAUUGGAUUAAUCAACUCCUUUGUGCAUAUGAUAAUGUAUACCUACUAUGGACUUUCGGCUAUAGGGCCAGGAGUACGAAAAUAUUUAACAUGGAAGAAGUAUAUCACAAAAUUACAGUUGAUACAGUUCGUGACGCUUAUAAUUGUGUUUGGAACAUUAUCAGUCAUAUCUGAAUGCCCGAUAUCAAGAGGUCUAGUCGUGUUCCUUUUGUCGAAUGGAUUUCUAUUCAUAUAUCUAUUUAGUGAUUUUUAUCAGAAAACGUAUAUAAAAAAGGAAUAUUCAGAAGUGGAUGAGUUUCCUUUAAUGCAGACACCCAUACCAAUAGCAAUUAUCAUUGUUUCGUACCUACUUUUUGUUACCAAAAUUGGACCAGCAUAUAUGAAAAAUAGAAAGCCAUUUAACUUAAAAAGUACCUUAAUAAUAUACAAUGCUGUGCAAGUUGCAUAUUCAGCAUACUUAAUGGCAAGGAUCGGAAGAUUUUUAUCGAUAACCGGGAUUGCAUAUUCAAAAUGUUAUUUAAAAGACAAAGAAUACACCAGCGAGGUGCUGACCCUAGCUUGGUUAUAUCUUUUUGCAAAACUGACGGAGCUACUAGACACAGUAUUCUUUGUCCUUCGUAAAAAGGACAAUCAGAUUUCAUUCCUGCACGUCUACCACCACAUCGCCAUGCUCAUUGGUUCCUGGCUCUUCCUAAAAUACAGCCCUUCAGACAAUAUUGCCUUCCUCGGAUGGGUGAAUAGCUUUGUCCAUGUAGUCAUGUAUGCGUACUACGGGUUGGCAGCCUUUGGGCCACAUAUGCAGAAAUAUUUGACCUGGAAAAAAUAUCUCACAACAUUGCAAUUGGCUCAGUUUGUGGCGCAGUUUUUGGUAUUAGUUGCGCAGAUCAACCUCACUGAGUGUCCAAUGCCUACAGCUUUGACCUUAACUGUAUUUGGAAACAAUUUGCUCUUUAUUUAUCUUUUUGGAAGCUUUUAUUAUAAGAAUUAUAUAAAGAAGGACAAGAAAAGCAAAAGCAGGUUGGAUUAAUAAGAAUUACUUUAAAUUGUAAGUUACGGCAUUUUAGUUACCUAAUGACAAAAUAUUAUGUCGUGCAUAGUGUAAAAUUUUGCAUAAUUACAUUAAUUACAUAGCAAAAAUAAAUUAUUACUCAACAGAACUUUGUU